AUGUCGCUGCUCAGGAACGUCGCCGGCAAGGCUGCCAAGCAGCAGAGCCGCGCCUUCUCCACCUCGCUCGCCAACAGCGCCCACAAGGAGAUCAAGUUCAGCAACGAUGGCCGCGCCGCCAUGCUCGCCGGAGUCAACAUGCUCGCCAACGCCGUCAGCGUCACCCUCGGCCCCAAGGGCAGGAACGUCAUCAUCGAGCAGCCCUUUGGCGGUCCCAAGAUCACCAAGGACGGUGUGACGGUGGCCAAGUCGAUCCAGCUCAAGGACAAGUUUGAGAACCUCGGCGCCCGCCUCGUCCAGGACGUUGCCAACAAGACCAACGAGGUUGCCGGUGACGGCACCACCACCGCCACCGUCCUUGCCCGCGCCAUCUACGCAGAGGGUGUCAAGAACGUUGCCGCCGGCUGCAACCCCAUGGACCUGCGCCGCGGCACCCAGGCCGGUGUCGAGGCCGUCAUCAAGUACCUCGAGGAGAACAAGCGCGUCGUCACCACCAGCGAGGAGAUCGCCCAGGUCGCCACCAUCUCGGCCAACGGCGACUCGCACGUCGGCCAGCUGAUCGCCACCGCCAUGGAAAAGGUCGGCAAGGAGGGCGUCAUCACCGUCAAGGAGGGCAAGACGCUCGAGGACGAGAUUGAGAUCACCGAGGGCAUGCGCUUCGACCGCGGCUACAUUUCGCCCUACUUCAUCACCGACGUCAAGACGGCCAAGGUCGAGUACGAGAAGCCCCUCAUCCUCCUCUCCGAGAAGAAGAUCUCGGCGCUCCAGGACAUCCUCCCCACGCUUGAGGCCGCCGCCCAGCUGCGCCGACCGCUCCUGAUCAUUGCCGAGGACAUUGACGGCGAGGCCCUCGCCGCGUGCAUCCUCAACAAGCUGCGCGGCCAGCUCCAGGUGUGCGCCGUCAAGGCGCCCGGGUUCGGCGACAACCGCAAGAGCAUCCUCGGCGACCUCGCCAUUCUCACCGGCGGCACCGUCUUCUCCGACGAGCUCGAGGUCAAGCUGGACCGCGCCACGCCCGAGAUGCUCGGCAGCACCGGCUCCAUCACCAUCACCAAGGAGGACACCAUCUUCCUCAACGGCGAGGGCGACAAGGACGCCCUGGCCAACCGCUGCGAGCAGAUCCGCGCCGCCAUCAACGACGCCACCACGUCCGAGUACGACCGCACCAAGCUCCAGGAGCGCCUCGCCAAGCUCAGCGGCGGUGUCGCCGUCAUCAAGGUCGGCGGCUCGUCCGAGGUCGAGGUCGGUGAGAAGAAGGACCGCUACGACGACGCCCUCUGCGCCACCCGCGCCGCCGUCGAGGCCGGUGUCCUGCCCGGCGGUGGUGUCGCCCUCCUCAAGGCGUCGCUUGCCCUCGACAACGUCAAGCUGGCCAACUUUGACCAGCAGCUCGGCCUGUCGAUGCUCAAGGCCGCCCUCACCCGACCGGCGCGGACCAUUGUCGAGAACGCCGGCGAGGAGGGAUCGGUCGUCGUCGGCCGCCUGCUCGAAAACCCCGGCGAUUUCGCCUACGGCUACGACGCAUCGGUGGGCGAGUACAAGGACAUGAUCGCCGCCGGUAUCCUGGACCCGUUGAAGGUCGUCAAGACGGCGCUCGUCGACGCCAGCGGUGUCGCCUCGCUCCUCACCACGAGCGAGUGCUGCGUCGUCGAGGCGCCCGAGGAGAAGGGACCUGCCGCCGGCGGCAUGGGCGGCAUGGGCGGUAUGGGUGGCAUGGGAGGCAUGGGCUUCUAA